GCUGUCACUGAGUGUGUGCCGCUUAGCACACCUCUCAUUUGCCUUUAAAAGAAGAAAAAAAAAUUAGCGCCGGUUUACAUUAUAGUGUCAAAUUAUAUUGUUAAAGUAAUACACCAUUCAUAAAGCAUAUCUAACUACAUACACAUUUCAUAAGUACCUGUGAAACAAAUAGUUUCUGAAAUAUCUAAUCAGGCCCUCACUGUAUAAGCUGCUUUCCUGGGUCCUGCAGGCUGAGGUCGGUCGUUUGUUUAUUUGCAAGAUGGCAGCCUCCAGCAGGAGUCAAGUGCUUUCUCUGUACAGACUGAUGUUAAAAGAGAGCAAGAAUUUCCCUGCUUACAACUACAGGACUUACGCCAUCAGGAGAGUAAGGGAUGCCUUCAGAGAAAACAAACACGUGGAGGAUCCCAAAACUAUUCAGGCACUGCUCGUCAAGGCCAGAGAAAACCUACAAAUUAUUCAGCGCCAGACUUCCAUAGGACGCCUGUAUACCUCUCAGAAGAUUGUUGUUGAAGAUCAAGCAGGAAGAAAAACGGCAUGACAGGAAAUCAUUGUUGAAUACCUAUAACCUCAUUCCAGUUACACUCUUCUGCUUACAUGAAUAGAAAAUACAACCCUCUAUUGUAUCCUGCAACCACCAACACUUCACCUGAUCUGACUCAUUUAUAACCCUGGCAGACUCCAGGGGUUUUCUGCCUGUAAAGUAUCACAGGUUGUUGGCUAACAUAAAUAGUACCCUUUCUUUCAGAGUGUUUUGUGUCUAUUAUGUGAUUUUAUGUAAUCAAUGUGAGCUAUACAAACUGUAAAGUGGAAGGUUUUUUGUACAGUUUUAACUUAAGUACAUUUUCUUUAAAAAUAAUAAAAUAAAAACUGUAACUAAGAUCA